CGGCGUGAAGUUUUGUAUACGAAUCUUUGGAAAUUUUAAGAGUACUUUUCUCUAUAAUUUAAAAAGAUUUUUAUAAAAAAAGUCAUGGAUAUGGAAAAAUGCGAAACCGAAGAACUGAUUGAAGAUAUUGUCAAGGAAAAUGAAUACUUGCUUAACUUACUGGACACCAUUCCUGCUCAAAUAUAUUUUGAUCAUGAUGUUCAAGAAAAAAUUAAAUAUGAAAAGCAUUUAACGAUGGAUAAAAAAGCUGAAAAUCUGAAAAGGAAAUUUUCUGACCAAGCAGAACUGUCUGUCAAGAACAAGCACAAAAGAGCCCGAGUUGAUCCUCUCUGCCAUAAAAGUGUAUCACAGGUACAUGAAGAAUUAAAUAAUGAAAAGAAAAAAAGGAAGAGGAAAAAGAAAAAUGGAAUUCUGCUUCCUUCAGCGUCUCUUACAAGAGCAGCAAAUAUAGAAGAACUUCAAAAGCGUUUACAAGCAAAAAUUAAUGAAUUACAAGCAAAGCGUAAAGGUUGUAGUAAUAAAGAUCCAACAUUGAAGAAAAAAUUGAAAACAAAGGAGAAAAAACUGAAGCAUAAGAAGGUUGUAUUAACUCAAGCUAAUGAAGCAGAGAUGCAGACCAAGAAAUUGACAGAAAAGAAGGAAAAGCCUGAAGAAAAACCAGUGUACAAUAAAGAUGGGAAGAUUAUUUAUAGUAAACUGGAUUUUUCAGAGAAUGGUUUGGAAGAAAAGAAAAAGAGUGAAUUCAGUGGGAAGAAAUAUAAAAAGUUGUUGAAAAAAGCUGAAGAGAAGAAAGAGAAAAUUGAAAAACUGAAGGAGAUCAAUCCUGAAAAGGCCACCACAGUUGAGCAGAAGGAGAAGUGGAAAAAGGCCCUCUUGAAGUCAGAGAAUGUCAAAAUAAAAGAUAAUCCAGAACUAUUGAAAAAGUCCCUCAAAAGACAGGAGAAAAUAAAGAAAAAGAAAGCUAAAGUCUGGAAGGAUAGAGUGGAACAUACAGAAACUAGAAAGCAAGCUAAACAAGAGAAAAGAUCGAAGAAUAUUCAAAAGAGAAAGAAGGACAAGCUAGAUCAUAAAAUUAAACGCGCUAAGAAAAAAGGUCGUGUGAUUCCUGGAUUUUAAAGUUACUUUAUUUCACAACUGUAUAAUAUGCAUUUGCAAAUGCCAAAAUAUUGUACAUUUGUAAAAAGAAUAAAUGUGAUAUUUAAUGUUAUUUUAAAUAAAAGUUUUUAUUAUUUG